AUGACUACCCUCAAGCCGAUAAGAUUAUACUGGAGAGACCAGGUCCCCAACCCAGCCAAAGUUCUUGUGAUUCUCGAGGAACUCAACCUUCCUUAUGAGAGUGAAUGGGUCGAAAUAGAAGAUCUCAAACAAAAACCAUUCACUGAUGUUAAUCCCAAUGGACGAGUCCCGGCUAUCAACGACCCAAACACGGAGACGACAAUCUGGGAAUCUGGUGCUAUAAUCCAAUACCUCAUCGACACCUAUGACAAGGAACACAAAAUCUCUUAUGAAACUCGCCCAGAGUACUACCAGCAACUCCAGUGGAGCUAUUUCCAAGCAUCAGGCCAGGGCCCGUACUUCGGACAGGCAGCAUGGUUCAACAUCUUCCAUGAAAAGUUCUACGGGGAAUCUCCUGAAUCGGCGAAAGUGCGUUACGGGGCGGAAAUUAAACGCAUCGCAGGCGUUUUGGAUAGCGUCUUGAGUCAACGGGACUGGCUUGUCGGAGAUAAGUGUACAUACGCAGAUCUGGUAUUUGUGACGUGGAACAUGCAGAUUACCUUCGUUAUGGGUAGCCGAACAGGUGAACAUGCGUGGAAUCCGGAGGAUUUUCCGCAUUUCACACGGUGGCAGAAUGCUAUGGUGGCGCGGCCAGCUGUCCAGAAGAUGGUGAGCGUGUUGAAUGACAAGGAGGUUAAAAGUGGUUGA